CGUUGACCUCCCUGCUGGCGAUUGCUAUCCAAGUCCUAUUUUCUGGUCACUUUUCACCUUCGUCCAGACCAUUCCUGUGCAUCGCGCGGGCAUUCUUUCAAGCCCGAACCCAAAAUGCCCGUGCUUAGCGAAAUCAGGUACUCGCGCGAGGCGACUGUCGCUGCCGUCACGGGGUACUUUGAUUUCCUGGCCAAGAUGUACCUCAACGAAGCCGACAUUCUCAGACCACCGGAAGGGGGCUGGCCCGAGAUCAUGCCGCAGCGGCUCAAGGGCUUGGGCAAGACCGACGAAGUCACCUUGCUGCUGCGCCAUCUCCCGUACAUCCGCCCUAACUACGCCAUUUCCGGCCCUGAUGCAGGUCCCUGCGGCGUUCAGUUUUACUGCUGGCUUGACCCGAUACGCUCCCUCGACCUCACGGGACAAGAGUCGCAAGACUCCGAGGAGGAAUUCGACACGAUGAAAUUCAUGACCGAGGGCGGCCACCGCGAUGUGAUUCCCUCACACGUUGUCGGUCUCACUUCGAGCGAGGAUUUGGAGGACCUGUUCAUGCUCGACACGCAACUUGGAGUCAUUUACUGGCUUGAGUGCCCUGGCAGGAUCUGGCACCACCCGACCCGGGAACGGAUCGAAGACGAUGCGUACGAUUAUGCCGCCGAAGAUGAGGCAGACUGGCGAAACUACCCCGCAUUUGCCAUUGCCGACUUCUUCGAGCUUCUCAAGGACCAGUUCCGGCAGCUGGAUGUCAUUCCCAUUAGCCCAUCUAGAGUACUCGACCCCACGCUCCAGGCCAUCUAUCGUGAACAUAGCUGGCCCGACCUGGAUCGUUAUCAAAAAGAAGAGUGUCUGAAAGCAGUCGGGGCGAUGGCUAGAGAGCGCUACCCCAUUUCGUUGUGA